UGCGCGUUGCGCGCGCAUCGCAUCUGCCCGACCGACCGAUUAUGGCGGACAGGCAGUGAAGAAUGUUUGUCGUCUUUUCUAAAUCAGAAAGUAUCGACAGCAGCCAAUGGCAUAAACCGGGUUUUUAGUAAAAAUUGUACAUUGUAAAUAGUUCUGUGUACAUAUAGUAAUUAUAUUUGUGCUCGUUUUGUUUAGAAAUUCUGUGAAUAGUGUAUUAUUUUGAGUGUUUAUUCCGUUCAGUUUUCGACGCCGACUAAUAGCUAUAUCCUAACGUUAGUACAUCAGUAAAACUCAUAUAACUUCUGAAUUCGUCAAUUCAGUAAUUUUGUAUCAUAUAAAUCAUUGAUUUCACUUCUUGUCUUUGUUUCGAUCCGUCAAGGAGACCGUUGCAGUAGGUGCAAUAUUUUGGUUUCACUUAGCGGCUGUCAUCGUGCUUUGAUAAACCUACUGUCAUUACAAAGACAAAAAGACAGAUUUAGUCGCCAAAUGUAUUCAAUAUCGAGAUCUGGCUGUUGUAUGUAGUCUAUUUGAUAAUGUAAAACGGUUUAAUUACACAUCUGCUGUAUUAUUAUUGUAAGUAGCGCUAUUAUAUCUAUAAAGAGUAGAUCGCGAGACAUUUUGUGUUUACGGUUACGAAGGAUCGAAGUGUUGUGAAACUGAAUGCUCGAACCUCACGGUAGCCCAAUGAAGUGGCCGGGAACGGGAGCGGAAGAAGAGGCGGGUGAAGCUGGUUUGCAGAGCACGCGCGCUUCUCAGGCUCGGAGCCAGGACGAUGCCACUGUGCAUUACGUGUUCCAACGAGAGCCACAGGAGGGCGAGCUGCCCUCGCUAGCUCCUAAACAGCGCUGGGCUGUUGGCGACGAUACUAUUGUUGAGAGCCCAGAUAAAUGGAAGAACACCAACCCUAUGACUAUGAACAAUAUGCACCAUCAAGCUCAACUGCAACUUAAGAAUACACAAACAAAUCAACAACAGUUCAUUAACCAAGCCAUAGCUUCAUCAGUUGGAACAUUAGCUAUGAAUCCUUCAGUUAUUGGAAGCCAUCCAGCUCAUUUGACUACCAACAUGGUACACACUCAACUGGCUCCUUUGCAAAACCCUACUCUUGGAAACAAUUUGACAAUUCAGAAUAGCGCAGUGAUGCUGCCACAGUUGCAAGGCAUGCAAAAUGCACCACAAUUGGGCCAACAAGGCCUGUAUGACAUUCAUCAACACCACGGAAAUCCUAUGCAAGCUAUGAAUGGUAUUGGAAAGAAUACUGAGCACCUGAUGUACUUGAGUCAAGCUGGUAUGCUUGCUCCUGGAACCAAUCAGUUUCUCCAACAAGGACAGAAUCAACUAGGUCUUACUCCAGUUGCUGCCAUCAGAAACCAGAUUGCACCUGCUGCAAAAAAACUAUGGGACAAAGGCCCCGGCGCUGGCGGGGACAGCAAGGGCCCUCCCCACCUGCCGCCUCUGCAGUUGAACCCCGAGCAGAUGUGGCGUGAUCCGACCUGGUCUGCACAAGCUGUGGAACACAAUGUGGGCGUUCCAAUGAUGGGCACGCGACGAGGUGUCGCGUUCCCCGGCGGUGAUGCCGGCAGCAUUCUGUCGCCUCGUGAUACUGCUGGACUCGGCGUCAAAAUGGUCGAAUAUGUACUCGGAGGAUCUCCCACAGUUUCAUCAAGAAUUAAUUAUUCACAUCUCGUAGAAGCAGGUGGUGUGGCUACUGGCGGAGGAGAAAAGGUACCCGGCGUCGUCGCUGGAUUACGUGGCAUGGUCCUUGAGGAGCGCCCAGAGGACAAAUCGGCCUCUCCAUUCGAGAAGGAUUUGCAUGAACUUCACGAACAUGGAUCUCUACCUAAUGGACUUCAUAAUGGACAAGAAGAUGACAAAGCUUUCAACCGCACGCCGGGUUCGCGGCAGCCGUCGCCGGCGGAGGAGGAGGCGGGCGCCGUGCGCAACGGCGACGCGCCCGCCUUCCCGCUGCUGCCGCCGCACGCGCUGCCGCAGCCGCAGCCGCAGCAGCUGCACCAUCUGCCGCAUCUCUCGCAUCCACAGCAUCAUCCAGGGAUGUUAGGCGUGGCGCCUCUGCAAGGUCUGCCUCACCCUCAACACCCGCAAAUCCACCCUGGUAUGACAUUGAACGACUCUAUGAAUCAACACAUUGAACUCGUUUUACAAAUGGAGCAGCAUCCACAGUUCGACAACAAUAGUUUUGCCAGCACGCAGCAGUACGGGGGUGGCGUCGGAGGAGUGGGCGGCGGCGCGAGCGGCGGCGUGGGCGGCGUGGCGGGGCAGGCCGCCAGCCUCGUCAACGGCGCCUCCGUCGUGCAGCAGGCGCCCGACUCCUCGCAGCACCACCAGCCCUUCGACGUGCAGCAAUUGUUCCGGUCGCAACAAGCAGCGGCAGCAGGAGGUCAGGCGGCAGCGGCACAGCUGCAGCUCCUACAGCAACAACAACAGCAACAAUUUCAACUGCAGCAACAGUUGGCCGCUCAGCAGGCUUUUACCCAAGCGCCGUACGUUAUCAAUGCGGGACAGGAGGGUGCGCCGUACGUGAGCGCGUUAAUAGCAGGCGUACCGCCUUACUAUGGCGUCGCCGCGCCGUGGGGUGUAUACCCGGGGCUCGUUGCACAGCCCGCACAGCAACAGGCACAACAGCCUCGUCGGCCGCUGACUCCCCAGCAGGGAGAGCAGCAAGUAAACGGCCAGGGACAGUAUGUGAUCCCCUACUACGACCCCGGCUCACUAGUAAUGGGCGGACGCAAUGGCACUCCACUGCGGCUCGUCUCGCCCGGCGGCGUGCUCGCGCCUCGCCAGUACCAGCCCGCGCCGGCGCACCCUGCCGCCUCCGCCGCGCCGCCGCAAGCCGCUCAGCCACAACAGCCGCAGCCUGGUGGCGCCACACAGGCCCGACGCGACUCGCUAGAGUUCGGCGGCGGCGGACCGGCCGCGGCUCUGCAGGAGUACGCGGCGCGCAAGUGGGGCCCGUCGCCACUGUCGCCGCCGCUGGGCGCCGCCCUGGGCCCCGUGGGGCUGCGGCCCGUGUCAGCCGCGCCCGGCGCCGAGACCGCCAAGUACAGAGCCGUGAGCAGCUUAGCACAAGGUCUCACAUCAAAUGGAAUGUUCGGAUCGUCUUCAUCACUCCUUAGCAAACUCGGCGGCGUAGGAGCUAUAUCAGAGCUGGUGGGCGGCGGCGUGGGCGGCGUGAGCGUGGGCGUGGGCGGCGUGGGCGCGCUGGUGGGCGACAAGCCGCCCGCCGGCCGCUCGCGCCUGCUCGAGGACUUCCGCAACAACCGCUUCCCCAACCUGCAGCUGCGGGAGCUCGCCAACCACAUCGUCGAGUUCUCGCAGGAUCAGCACGGCUCUAGGUUCAUCCAACAGAAAUUAGAAAGAGCUACUGUUCAAGAGAAACAAAUGGUGUUUAAUGAAAUAAUUGGCGCUGCGUACAGUCUAAUGACUGACGUAUUCGGAAAUUAUGUGAUACAAAAAUUCUUUGAAUUUGGAACUACAGAACAGAAAACUACAUUGGCACAAAAGGUGCGCGGCCAUGUGUUGAACCUGGCAUUACAAAUGUACGGGUGUCGGGUCAUUCAGAAGGCGCUGGAGUCUAUCCCGGCUGAGCAGCAGCAGGAGGUGGUACGCGAGCUCGAUGGACACGUGCUCAAAUGUGUCAAGGAUCAGAACGGCAACCACGUUGUCCAAAAAUGUAUUGAAUGCGUAGAGCCGACGGCUCUGCAGUUCAUAAUCAACGCUUUCGCUGGGCAAGUGUACGCGCUGUCGACGCACCCGUACGGCUGCCGCGUCAUCCAGCGCAUCCUGGAGCACUGCACGGCCGAGCAGACGGCGCCCGUGCUCAGCGAGCUCCACGCGCACACCGACCAGCUCAUACAGGACCAGUACGGCAACUACGUGGUGCAGCACGUGCUGGAGCACGGCGCGGCGGAGGACCGCUCGCGGCUGGUGGCGGCGGUGCGCGGCAAGGUGCUGCAGCUGUCGCAGCACAAGUUCGCGUCCAACGUCGUGGAGAAGUGCGUCUCCCACGCCACGCGCAACGAGCGGGCGCUGCUCAUCGACGAGCUCUGCGGCUUCAACGACAAUGCUCUCCACGUGAUGAUGAAGGAUCAGUAUGCGAACUACGUAGUGCAGAAGAUGAUUGACGUAGCGGAGCCGACGCAACGCAAGGUGCUGAUGCACAAGAUCAGACCGCACAUCGGCUCGCUACGCAAGUACACUUACGGCAAGCACAUAAUCGCGAAACUCGAGAAAUUCUUCAUGAAGGCACCGGAGCUGGGGCCCAUCGGGCCGCCGCCUCCCAACCCUGUGCUGUAGUCUGUGUAAAGUAUUAAACGUCCGCGGGUGUAGGCUGAUGCGACGGCGCGGGUAUCGCCCGCCUAUUAUAAAUUUUGUGAAUAUUUGCGAUUGUACAUUUGUAACUAUAGAGCUCGCCGCUUGGUCGCCCGCCGGGCCGGCGCCGCCGCCGCCGCAGCGCUGCAGCGGCGGCGGCGCGGGCUGCGGCCCCUGUACAUACGUAGCGGCAGACUGAUGUACAGAACGAUACGAUAUACUGUAUACUGUAACAAUAGUUGUACAGCGUCGACGCCGACUCCGGUGCUCGGCCGUCGCGUCACCGCGGCGUAGCGUUUAUUGCGUUUCUAGCUCUUAAGUGUUCUAGUAUUAUUCGUUGUUCGUAUGAAUCUAUGUAUAAAUAUUUGAACGUCUCUCAUUCUCGUGUAAUUUAUGAAUCGAAGGAAAGCGGUGGUUUAAUGGACCCCGGCGUUUCCAUAAUUUUAGCUCGUUGUAGAUUUACUAUUAGCUGGGCUAGGGGACCUUGAAUCUUCUAAAGCGAUAAUGAGAUGCCGCAGGCAGUUCUGGACAAUCGGCACUAUAGUCGUGAUUAUUAUAUUAUUAUUUUGUACUAUUCUUCAAGUCAAGCUCUCGUUUAAGUUAUAAACCGGCUUUCAAAUCGUACAUAGCUUAUCUUGUUUAGUGCCGGAGUGUAUAGUUCGUCGAUUAUAAUUUUGUGAAAAUGAUAUUUUUGUAUAUUUUUUAUGUAAUUAAUUUAAGUUAUUUAGUUAAUGAGUCUCCGAAAAUGGUCGGAGCGAGCGCUUACGAGUGGGUGAUGCUUAUGUUAGUGUAGGCGCAGCAUGUCCCGCGCUGCGCGUAGGUUAUAGUGAUGAUUGUAAAGUCCUGUACUGAUAGUUGUAGUCCCGAGGUCUACCUUGCCGGUUGCACGUCACAAGCGUAGCUACUCCUCAUUCCCCCUGUGUAAUUAAUUUUUAUAGGAAGCGUAGUUUCCUACGACACCUCAAGAUUUUUUACGUUUAGAUGUAAUUGAAAAUAAAAUUAUUGUAUAUGGCUGUACAAAAAUGUUAACAAAAUGAUUUGUAAAACCCGUAUGUGAUGGAAUAAGGCGAGACGUGGAGAGCGGCGAGGUGUGACUGAUCGCGGCUCUAUACGUCGCGUCUUGUAGGUUGUACUAGAUAACAUUUAUAUGAUGAUCCAUCUAUUUAGACAUUAAUUAUAAUAAAGCAUUUCUGUAAUAAUAUUACAAAGUA